UUUACCAGCUAAAAGGCAGAGAAGGAACAAUACUCAUAAUGGCACGAGAGCUGAAAAGUUGGUCGUUUUGGCGGGCAGUAUUGGCAGAGUUUGUUGGGAUGACGGUUUUUAUUUUUAUUGGCAUAGCCUCCGCCAUCGGAAACAAGCACAACAGAUUUCCAGACCAAGAGGUUAAAGUAGCUUUAGCUUUUGGCCUGGCCAUUGCCACGUUGGCUCAGAGUUUGGGGCAUAUCAGUGGAGCCCACCUGAACCCAGCUAUUACUUUAGGACUUUUGGUCAGCUGUCAGAUCAGUUUCUUCAGAGCAAUCAUGUAUAUCGUUGCCCAGAUGUUGGGAGCUGUGGUGGCAAGUGGCAUUAUGUUCAAAGUUAGUCCUGACCCUGAAACAACACUGGGACUCAAUAGGCUGAGUAAUGGAGUGAAAGCCGGUCAGGGAUUUGCCAUUGAGCUUUUUGCAACCUUCCAGCUGGUCCUCUGUGUCCUGGCCAUAACAGACAAAAAUCGGACUGAUGUUACAGGCUCUGCACCUCUAGCCAUCGGACUCUCAGUUGGUUUAGGGCACCUAGUUGCAAUCAGUUACACCGGGUGCGGCAUCAACCCCGCUCGAUCUUUUGGACCAGCUGUUAUUCUUGAAUCAUUUAAAAACCACUGGAUCUACUGGAUUGCGCCGAUGACUGGAGGGGUGGCUGCUGCUCUUGUGUACGACUUCUUGCUCUGCCCGAAAAAGGAAGCGUUUCGCAAGCGUAUGGAUGUCCUGAAAGGCACGGCUGAUCCAGACCCGUCUGCGACAGAAGCGCUAAUCGAACCCCGAACCGCCAGAUCUGGUUCUGGUCAGUGGCCCAGGCCAUGAAAUGUCUUGAGCUGAGUAAAGAUGGAUUCCAUGCAGAACCACCAGGAAAACUCCUUUCUUGACAGAAGUAAAUUGACUGGGUUUUAGAUCUGCACACAUGUGUAAUGCUGCAUUGAUGGAUUAUGUCAGAUUAAAUAUAUAAUGUAUUAUUCUUAAAAAUUUGAUGAUUAAAGCUCUAAAGUAUGA